AUGCUUUUCCCCUGCUCCCCUCUUUCCAUGCAGCCUGUGCAAGGUGAGCGCAACAAGCAGGGCGACACUGGAGAGCCACUCGGAGGGGAAGAAGCACCGCGGGAAACCCUCUGUGUACCCCGCGAGAAACAGAAACUCACGCGUGCGUACCCCUCUGUUCUCCCCAACUAUCUGUGCAGCCUGUGCAAGGCAAGCGCUACUAGCAAGGAGACACCAGAGAGUUAUUUGGAGGGUAAGAUGCAUCACGAGAAAUGUUUAUCCCUUCUUCCCUUCUUUCCCCCUGCGCCCCCCGUCCCCGCUCUUCCCCUCCUUCCCCCUCCCCUUUUCUGGGCAGUCUUUGCAAGGGCUGCUGUGGAGGCGGCCAAGGGACAGCAUGAUGCCUCUAGGCCCGCUGAAGAGGCUGGAAACGGUGCAGUAGCUGACAGUGCGGUGCAAAGUGGUGCGGAUGGUGUUGCCAGUGGUAAGGCGAAUGGGGCUCCUGCUAUUGCAGCGAAUGGGGCAGCGACAGGUGGACAGGAGAAUGAGGCAAAGGAGGAGGGGAAGAGUGGUGGAGAGGAGGAGGGAGAGGGAGGAGCAGAGAUGCAGGGAGGGGAGGAGGGGGAAAAGAGAAAGAAAGGAAAGAAGGGAGAGAAGGGAUCAAAGAGGAAAAAACGGACAGAAGGGGGUGACAAGGAGGAUACUGCUAGGAAGGAGGAAGAGCGGGAAACAGUAGAGGCAAAGAGCAAGACAAAGAAGAUGAAGAAGAAAGAGAAAGGCAAGGCUGAUGCAGCAGAGUCUCCUGAAGGAGGUGCUGUGAUCCCGUGGAAGAAGCUCAUUCGACAGCAGCUCAAGGCGGCACCCAGCCAUGAGCUGCCGCUCAAGGCGCUGAAGAAGCAGGUGCUGGCAGCAGCCAAGGGCGUGCUGGCAGAGCAGAGCUCAAAGGAAAGCACCAAGGAAAGCUGCAAGCAGGGUGCAGGCAAGGGAAGGGAGAGCAGCAGCAAGGAGGAGCUGCUGGCUGCCUUCCAACGCUCUUCCCCCCCUCUUGACCUCUCCACACUCAUUCUCCCUCUUUUGACCUGUCUGCACUCAAUCUCAUCUCUUUUGACCUGUCUGCACUCAAUCUCAUCUCUUUUGACCUGUCUGCACCGAUUCUCUAUCUUGCAGCUGGAGAAGUGCAAGGCAGUCAUUGUUGAAGAUGUUAUAGCAAAGCUCAAUGCUUAA